GUUCAUCCACACUACUCCACACGAAUGAUGCUUCGAAGUCAAGAUCAAGAGUACAAUGGAGGUGUGGAGGCGAGGGCUGUCUUCCUCAGCGGCCAGACUAUCAUGGAAAUUAAGCCUUCCCCGGAGACUGAAAGGCGGUUUGGUGGAGAAAUGGGGUGACUACUGGACCACCGUGGCUCAAGACUACAAGGAGGUGGCACUUGAUACAAUGAAAGAAUCCAGGAAACAUCCACUGAAGUCAAGUGCCUACAUUUCUUUGAUAGCCAGCAUCAUGUAUGCAGUCAAAACCAACCCUGACGAGAGAGACUACAAAGACACGCUGCACAGAUACAUGAAUGAGUCCGCCAUGCUGAGCAGCAAGGUCAGGAAUGCUGAGGUGGAUGAUCAUCUUCACUACAUGGCUGACUGCUUUGACCACGGCCUCUUGAGAAGGCUGAGUCUUGGAAUCUGCUCCUUUCUGUGGGUGGACAAUUACUCCAAAGAAUGCGGAGUGUUCAAGAGCCAGUGUGGAUACCUCAAGCCUCGUUACCUCACCUUCCAUCAGCGGGUGCAAGACAUGGGUUUCUUGGGACACUGGUGGAGGACUGAACAACUCAUGGAGGAGUUUGACGUCAACCACCAGGAGCUGCCACAAGCUGAUGAAUCGGGACUAAGAGACAAGCUAGAGUUAAUCUGGGAAUUUACAAAAGGGAAAGUUUCUCAAAUCAGGAAUAUUUUGUGAGGUGAGUAGUUUAUUUACUUGUGAUAUGAGUAGAAUAAUGAAAAAUAUAGAUUUGGCAUGGCAGAGAGAAAAGAGAUGAGUUGUGGAGUGCUGGAGAUGAUGAGAGUGAAAAGAUAAUAAGAUGUACUAAAUGAAUGCUGAUACUAUAAUGUGAAAGCAUGAUCCCUGUAAAGUCUAAGGAUAGAGAGUUGGAAUAUGAAAUUGAGAGGAAGAAUUGUAGUAUGCAAAGACAAGCAUCAAAUGGAGUCUGGUGUGUGCUGUGACCAACCCCUCAUAGAAAUUCUCAGAAAUAAAUGUAUGAACCUAAAACUCUCAUCAAGUGGAUUCCUUUACUUUUAUUACAAGAGAUACUUUGUGUUGGUGCUGCUGUUACCAAGGUUUGUGUACAAUGGUAUAGAGGCACUUGGGAGACAACAAAGUGGCAGUUUCUUUACCCAUCAUGCUUUUGAAGGUAUCUGUGUGGAGGCUGCCUAAACAUCCCUGAAACCAAAGAAGUGAAGCUGCUUUAAUGUGUUUGUUGCUGAUGAGGCUUUCAAACCAAAGGACAGUAUUUUACAAUUCUUUCCAGUGCACAAUUUCACCCAGCUGUAAGCCACCUUCAGCUUGCGUCUCCUGUGUUGUACAUUUGGUGGGGAGCUCUGUGUGUUGUAGUGGCCCAGCAGUGCUUUGUCAAUAAAUGAUUGC